CCAGUUUAUUGUGUUCAUCAUGGCUUCGACGGAAUCACUGGUGUGCGACACCCUCGACCUGAGCGGUCAAGGUCUCAAGAAGCUCAGUCGAUGUCCCUCGGACGCUGAUAUUAAUACGUUGAUCAUUGACGACAAUGACUUACAACGGCUCGAUAAUCUGGAUUCUUAUCACAGAAUUACGAAGCUUUCGAUAAUCAGAAACCAAUUAUUGCGGAUGUAUGGCGUGUCAAAGUUACAUAAUCUUGUUACCCUUAAUUUGGCAAACAAUGGUAUACUUACAAUAGAAGGUAUCAAGGACAUGAUUAAUUUGCAGACUCUCUGUUUAGCGGGUAAUAAUAUCAAGUCUAUUGAACAUUUACACACAAAUAUCAAAUUGGAACAUCUGGAUUUGUCUGAAAAUAGCAUCAGCCAUAUUUCAGAUAUAUCUUAUCUGCGAAAUUUAAAGGAACUUUUUUUGCAUAACAAUCGCAUAAUAACACUACGUCAGUGUGAGCGCUAUUUGCCUACAUCCUUGGAAACAUUUACAUUAGCAAAUAACAAUAUUACUGAUUUGAAUGAAAUGUCACAUUUGGCUAAUUUAAAAAAUCUGGUGAAUUUCUCAAUUGCUAACAAUCCGUGUGUCAGUAUAACAGGUAACAGUAUUGGAUUUGACUAUCGGCCUUUUGUUAUUAAUUGGUGUAUGAGCUUAAAAUCAAUCGACGGUUAUGCGGUCGAUCCUAUUGAAAGCUUGAAAGCAGAGUGGCUGUAUUCUCAGGGACGAGGUAGACAAUUCCGCGUUGGUGAACAUGCCUUACUUGCUCAAUAUCUUGCGUCCGUCUGUCCACUUUCGGGCGAAUCUUUAGAGAACGAGACGGAUCGGAAACUUAGACUUAUACUGAGCAAAGCUCAACAUCACCAACAGCAGUUGAAUCAACAGAGCGAUACCGGGAGCGUGCACAGCUUGAGUAGCGUGGCUAUGAGUCCUUCCCCAGCCGCUAGACGUAGACUUAGCCAUAACAGGACAAAUUCUCCCAGACGACCUAUGCCAAUGUUGACAUACUAUGAAGAUAAAUACUUACAAUCACCAAAAUUUUAUGAAGCAAAAUACUGUGUCUGCCAUAUUCCUUGCAAAGCUUCCUCGAGGAACCCCUUGAAAAUGAAAUCACCAGACCGAAUGGUAUCUAGUUGUCAUACUGAUGCUAUGGUUUCUUCGUGUCAUGGUUUGUUGAGCGGCGAUCAUGAGUCAAAUCUGAUGACCCAAAGUUUAGAUCCUAAUAUACUGUCUGGUAUGGCACUGAGCAACAAAAUGUCAAACAAUAGUUUGCAAGACAUGGAAGAGACAUCAAGUCCUUUACAAGCGGCUACGAAACUAGUACCAGUACCAGAGUCUCUGAUGAGUCCAGAUUUUCGUCCACCAUCUGGCCUUUCGCGGAUUUUACCGAAAACUCCCACAUCAAGUAAAUUAAGCUCUCCCUGUCAAAUUACAAUACCUACUAAACCAUCCAUGGAUGGCGACGGAAAGGCAAUUCCGAUCAUAAACACCGUAAAUCCAAUGGCAAAAACGAAUCUAAGCUGUAUAAAGGCAAAUGCACUUGUAAAAAGUAGUUCCGCGACAAAUUGCAGCGUCAUGAGACCAAAUAUAGCAAAACCGAUUGUGACAUAUGCUAAUAGUAAGUGUCCACACAGCGUGAAGAUAAAUAAUUAUGUUCAAAGCAAGACUUUACCCGCGAAGAGAAGCACAAAGAGUCCUAAUUUAGCUAGAAAUAUACAGCGACCAAAAAGCGCAAAUGAGCGACUCAAGAGCAAUUUGAAUAAAGACGAGAAAGAUGGAGAUGCUGGAAUUCAGAGCAGUGACGAGGAUAGUGAAGUGUGUCAAGCAAAAUUAGAUAGCAUUCGUCAUAGGGCUAUUCAAAGAAGACAAGAAGACAGUAAUAAAGAUCAAGAUCAAACAGAGAAGGCUGCUAUCUGUAUUCAAAGAAUGUGGCGAGGCUACCAUACAAGAAAUCUCAAUAAAAAAGCUACUAGUAUAUUAAAAACAAUUGACAUGAUAAGAACGAAUAAAUAUAUCCAGAAACUGUCGACAGAUAUGGAAGCUACAAGAACUGCUCUCGAAAGUGAACAUAAAUUACAAUUAUUGCAAAUGCAAGCAAUUAAUGCAUUGUGGAAGAAAGUAGUCAGUCUACAACCGGGCGGCAAUCGAGAAAACACUUUCAGCGAUACGGAUAAUACUCUGCAACCAAAUUCUGAUGUAGUAAAUAAUCUUGCGCAAACGUGCAAUCUACUUCAUACCCAGGUUCAACAAUUGCAAGACUCGAUGACGGAGAUAAAGCGUUGUAUGACCAGCAUGAAGCCAAAAUCCGCUCUUGUUGAUAACGGCGUCGCCACUCAAACGGAGAUAUCUGCCGUGCAUACGCCAGCAGGUGAGGAAAAUAUGUUUCCUUAUGGACGUCCUAAUAGACCGCAAAGUCUGCCGAUACAUCAAACAAUACACGAGGGAAACGAGAACAAAAGUUUUGCAUCGAAUUUGGUGGAUAGCGUGCUGAAGAAAGUGUCGCAAUCCACUGACACGACGGAUGAUGAAGUUAAUACAGAUAUUUUGAAUUCAAACGAAAAUCCCGAAGUGUUGAAUUCGAACGAGAAUCCCGAGAUGUUCAAGAGUUGCGAAGAGAUAAUAGAAUCCGAUCUCAAGCAAGCAGUUGAGAACGAGACGGAUAACUAUGAAAAUAUAAUCGAGAAUGCGACGAUUGAUGGUGAAGUAUGCGAAGAAACGCUAUGUAAGGAGCUGCAUAAUUUGAUUGAAACGGAAAAUGGAGCAGAUGCUUACGGAAACUGUGCGGACAAUGCAGUUAAUGGAGAUGAUAAGGAAGUCUGCUAGAUUUGACGUUGUCGAAUCAAAUUCCGCCAUAUGCCUUGUGAGUAACGGUAUGAAGCGA